GGCCGUAACUACCAUCGUGGAUUCCUUGAUAGCAUACCCUGACUCCUAAGCGGCGUACCUCAUCCGCAAUAGAUAGCGGCCGUCAUAUCGUGUUUUCCAGCGCCACACACUGCUCCCAUACCCCCUCCUCCUCCCUUGCUCACAUCAUCCUUCAUUUCAUAAUCCUCCACUUUCGUUCCGUCAUCCGAUUUCGCCUGCAUGCCUUCAGCAAUCCCCACAAAUAACCUACAAGAAAAGAUCUACCAAGACCUCGAAAAAUCCAACCCCCUCCACCCAGUGGACUCCGCCUCUUCCGUUCUCCAUUACAACCCCGCAACCAGCGGCAUUAAGAGAAAGUUACUCUUAUUAUUGCUAGUGGAAACUGUCAUCUCGUUGGUCGUAUACUACAACUAUGAACACAUCGGGUCCUUGUACACGUUGUUAGCCCCUACAUUGUUGGGGGCCUCUACGGCUGCCUUGGCACAAACUUUGAACCAGUAUCAAAAGAAAAAGUUGUCAAUCAAUCGGAUAUUGAAGUUCAUUGUUUGGGGAAGCAUCAAUGGCUACUUCACCGUGCUCUGGAUUGACAUGUUGAUUUUCCAAUUCGACAAUCUCUUCUACCGAAUUGCCGUGGACCAAUUGGUCGGGGCACCAACCUUCCAACUUUUCUUCACCAUACUAAACAGCUUAUGGGAUCAUGGUGAACUCACAAAGAAAACUAGAAUAGCGUACAUGAUAUCUUUGAGGUAUAGUUACUGUUUCUGGCCCUUCUUCUCGGUGGCCUCAUUCAUGCUUAUACCACAGUCCAUGAUGUUUCCCUGCAACUGCUUGGCCAACUUGAUUUGGAACAUAAUUUUGAGUCGCUUGGCGUGAUGUAUAAUAUUUAAUAGAUGAAUCAAUUCCAUUCCAUUACAUAGUUGCCGAUUUUGACUGCGAUCACCCGUAGAAUAUUAGUAUUACUGUUC